AUGUGGUCGGAUGAACACGACGCUCUAGAUACUAGAUGGCUACAGGUAGAAAAGCAAAACAAGGCUUGGACGAGCCGCACCUACGGGGCGCGUGCAGCUUCAACAACGCCGGAAGGCAUCCAUGGCUCGUCGGGUGAAGUGCUGGGCCAGGGCCCAGGUUCGGCCAGAGACAGAGACCAAUCCAUGCGAACAUGUCGUGGCGCCUUCAACGUCUCCUGCACCUCUUCCAAAGCACCGAAGCAGAUCAUGCAGGAGAUACACAAGGCACUAACCUUGCAGCGAGUGGUCUUCAAGCAGGCAAACACCUUUCUCGUGCGUUGUCAAAAGCAAAGUUUGCGCUUUGAGAUGGAAAUCUCUCACCUGGAUCACCUGGAAUCGAUUUAUGUUGUUCGUUUCAGACGCGCAGCUGGCGAGCUCGCAUCGUACAAGGAGCUUUGCUCCCGCGUGCUGGCCGAAAUGAAAAUUUAA